CAUCUUCCUCAUUUUCUGUCAUUUUUCACCCGCAGAACACAACACAAGGGUACUCCUUUUUUUCCUCCUUCAUCGUCAACCAACACCCACAACAACACUCAGCUGCUACGCAUUCUAGCUUUCUUGUUCAUCUACUCCCUCGUCCACCGCGACCACAGGCACCUCCGAUUCAGUUCACUGGCCGCGGCCGCUGCCAAACCCCAGUUGGUUCAGGUCCUCUUGGACGAGACUUAAGCCCUGUCGCUGCCAUUUCUGAUUCCAACGAGGGAGCUUCCGACCAUCACAAUAUUGACUCUGUUUGGGUGUGUAUUAUGUUUGGAGAUAUUGAAUCUGUUUAGUUGCUGAUAUGGAUGGCAUAAUGUGUUAGUGUUUUGAUAAUUAGUUCUGUUUGGGAUUUAUUUGGGGUCACCUUUGUUUUUUUGUUUUCAAUCAAUUCUCUGAUGAUUGGUUGAGAAGAGGGUAUGAGUUCAUUCCUAGGAUCAUUGCUGGAUGUGUACCUGAGAACCUGAGAUUGGGGAAAGAAUUGAAUCCUGAAGUUUGAAAAAAUAGAGUAUUCUGUUUGAUUGGCCCAAUUGCAGGAUAUAGAUACGAACACAACACAUAGGGUUUGUUGUGUUGUGGUGAAAUAUGGAGGGUGCUCGAAGGUUACAGGGACAAUCUAUAGGAGUUUUCUGUGAAGGAAUUGGAUUACUCCUUUUUCGCUGGUCUGCUCUUCGAACAGCUAUCGAGAACGAAUGGGGUGGCCGUGAGUCCCUUGUCAAAGCUGAUCAACUUGUCACGGAUAUUCUUUCGUGGUUCACUCAAUUCAAAGAGCCACUUUACAUUGAUGACUUAGAAGACAUAUUGGAUCAAGGUAUGCUUUCUCUCAAUGUGGAGGUCGAAGAUGGCAGCAUUGAAGAGGUAGCUGAGAAAUUAAUGGUUAUGCAUGAAGAAUUCUUGGACGGAAAUUUUAGUUCUUUCGAAGAGCUCAGGAAAGCCAAUCUCGAGCAAGCAGCUCGUCCUCAGACAGCGCAGAUUAUAAAUGAUGGUGAAGAUGACAGUGACGAAAAUGGUGAUGAUGAAACCAUGAUUGUAGAUGGUAAUUCUUCAAGCAUGAGUACGGAGAUUCCAAGAUCUUAUUCAAACAAUAAUUCAGUUAAUGAGCCCCGACAGAAUGUUUCAGGCGAAGCAGACGAUGGAUGGGUUGUAGUUUCAAACAGAAGAAAGGGUCGGAAAACUUAGAUAAUUUUUUUUUUCUUUCAAAUUUUUGUUUCAAGCGUGGUAGUCCUCAUCCUUUUUGAGGUUUUGCAAAAUAUCUUGAGGUGUGUAUUGUGUACUCGGAUUCUUUUUGUACUCAUUUGAAGGUCACCCGGUGAUAAGCAUUUUUGUUGAUCUCCCAAGGUGGACUUAUGCUAGAUUAUAUAAUUUUCAAUUUGUUACAUAUGUUUAAA